CGCACUCCGGAGGGGCAGCCUCUUCCUCUUGUGACGCCUGGGAGAGGCAAAGUCGCGGGAAAGCAGGAAGUUUCCGCGAAUGGAUCCCUUUCUGGAGUUGCUGCACUCCUUUUCAAGGGCGUUGUCGCCCGCGGAGCUGAAAGAACUUAAAUUUCUUUGCGCGGGCCAUAUUGGUAAAAAAAAACUGGAGGAUGUGAGCAGUGGCAUUGAGCUCUUCACGAUUCUCCUGGAACAAGAAAAAAUUGCGUACAAUGAUGUAGAGUUCUUGAGAUGGAUGCUCAAAAAUCUAAAAAGAGAAGAUCUACUAACCCAACUGGAGCAGUAUGUCAAAACAGUGGAUGGUGAUCCAGAUCAUCAGUUAGAGGGUAACCAGAAAUAUAAACUGAAGAGAGCUUUUGAAAUCAUAUGUGAACAUGUUGGAAGGGACUGGAGAAUGCUUGCUCGAAAACUUGGAAUUUCAGAUGUCAAGAUAGAGAGGAUUAUGACUGCUAAUCCCUACAAUUUGCAAGAACAAUUGAUGCAAACUCUCAUAGAAUGGCAAAAAUCAAAAGGAAAGGAAGCAAAGGUGGAGGAUCUAAUAAAAACUCUCAGGAAAUGUCGAAUGAAUCUAGCAGCAGAUUAUGUUGAAGAAGGUGUGAAAGAAACUGAAACUCAGUAGGAUCACUCAGACGAGACUGUGCUGGCAAUGAAUUAAAAAUUCACAAGAGAAGAAUGUUUAUCUGCCAUAGAAAACAUGGGAAUUUAUAAUUCAGUAAAUAGAUUACAUUGAAUUUUAAUUCAGUGGAAUUCCACUACCUAAGUGGUUUUCUUUAGAGGCUUAUUACAAGCCAGUCAUCAGAUAUCAGCAAGACUCUUAUAAGAAUACAAUUUCAACACAAUUUGAGCCAGUUCUUAUCUGUUUCGUCCCUUUCAGAUAUGUUAGGGCUACAAAUCCUAAUCAAUAUGGGUGGAGAUCUGUUGGAAUUGCAAAGGCUUAGGAAAAGCAGACAAAUUUAUUUCAUAUAUUUAAAUGGGAAAACAGCCAGGGCUUUCCUUGCAACAAGUAUGAAGAAAUAAAAUGCGCCUGGUCUGAAUUUCUUGGUUUCUUGGCAAUUUGAAAUCAAAGAGCCGGUCAAAAGUGUAUUUGGGAUUUUAUAGUCUUGCUUUCAUUUUCUAAGCUCUGGAAUGGGCUGAUAAUAUGUAACAAGAAAGCAAAAUCUUGACUCUGCAUUGUAAGUGGCUUCUUGUUCCUCUUGCAGUAUUGUGGGAAUAUAAUUUCUACUCAUGGUUCAGUUUGGAGUUAUUAUAGAUGAGUUACAUAUGAGGUUUUCAAUAAUUUAAAUGUGCUGUGUAAAUUAGCUAAUUUAAAAUAAUGUCUUUCAAUUGAAUCUUUUUCAAUUUAAGUUUCAUUAUAUCAGCACUAGGCAGCCUAUAAGUGUAUACUCAGCUCAAAAGGUCUUAUUUACUUAGACCCUGAGAAAACCAUUUUUCCUUUUCCCCUACAUUCCUUGCUGUUGGAAGAAAGAAGACCAAGAGAAGAACGGAUGGCAGAAUGAAAAGCAAAACUUAUAUUCACUGGUUUUGGACUUUACCCAGCGCUCUUGUCCAACAAAUAAUUUUAAAGAUAAGGUGACUCUCAACUAGUGUCUGAGCUGCAGAAAUGAAUGCUCAUUAGAUGGCAGCAAAGUGACACAGAAAAACAUUUUAACAUUUUGCUUUCACAUAAUAGUUUACCAAAUUUUUGUGGCCAAAUUUCUAUUCAAUUAAAAGAUUUUCCUAAUUUUGCAUGCC